CCCUACGCUUCCCGCCAUUUUCUCUUGUUCCCGCUUUUCCUCUUUCCCUCUCUUCGUCUCCAUUCUACUAUCACCGCCAUCGAUUCCAGAGCUUCUCAAUAGAAUUCUCCAUGGAAUCAAAGCUUGGCGCUAUGGCUUCCAAGCGCUCUUCCAUUACUCAUCAACCUCGAGCCCUACAAGCUGGAUUCCUCCACUUACCUCGUAAAAAACCCAAGACGCUCCCCCAACCGCCGCCGGAUGGACUUCCUUCGAAAGAUGGGAAUCGGGUUUCGGAUUCUUUUGCCAAAGAUCUACGCAUCAAGCGAGUCUUCUCCCCCAAUUUAGAGAAUCGCUCCUCGGUGCCAUCCGGAGAGCCAAUAACCGCGAAUGGAUCUUGUCCUAAUGAAGACAGUGGAGUCGGUAAAAUCUCCGAUACUACAGAGGUACGGAAUGACAACUUUCACAAUUCUAAUGGCCAUGUCGAAUGUGAUAAGGAUCGGAGAUGUAAUGGGAAGAGUGAGAAGCUGGUGCAUUCUACUCCUCCUGAUGUGGACAGCCUGACUGGGGGUUUUGUGGCCGCUUCUUCAAGAAAUGGAGGUGUUUUAGGGGAUACUUGUGCGAAAUCUGACUGUAGAAUUGACUCUGUUGCUAGAACCGGAUCGGUGCUCAAACCAUGCUCUAAACGGAAGCUGUUCAAAGCUCCUGGCUCUAUUGCCUACAAAAGAUUGCUACCUUUUUUGCUGGAUAGCGAUAAUUACAUGCUACAAGAUGAUCCAAACUCUAAACGUGAGAACAAUUUGGAGAAGAAGGCAAAUACUGAAUCUAAUCCGUGUAAUCAUGCCAAGGGUUCAUCUUUUGUUGAUUCAGACAUUUGUGUAAAGGAUGCAAUUUUUGCCUCCCGCAUGUCAUCUAAGACUAUGAAGCCAAAUUUACCACCUCCUGCUAAUGGAGAUACUAAGAAUUUUCAGAAUGGAUGCGAUUUAAACAAUAGCCAGAAUAUAAUAAAAAAGGAUUCUGGUUUGACAAAAGAUAGUGUAGUUUGCAUCUCAUCUCUUGAGGAAAGGCUGACAGAGCAUGGAGUUCCCACAAAGUAUCAGACAGAGGACUGUUCUUCUAAAGAACAAUCCAAAACCUCCGGAAUGGAGAGGCUUGAUGGUGGAACUUCAUUUCCAUCAGAAGUAGACAACUUUAAGUCUCAUGCUUCAGAGAAGUUGUGUAACAAUGUUUCUGAGGAUAUCAAAAGAGAAGAUCAUUUCAACGAACUCAAGAUGUCAUCAUUAAAUUCUAACAUUGUUUGUAAUCCAUUGAAGGAAGAAAGGAGGGAUGAAAAAGUGGGAUGUGCUCGAGGUGCAGAUCAAAAACUUGGUAGUUCUACUGUUGGUGAAAAUCAUUGCAACAUUGCUACAGAGAGUGACAAGAAAUAUGGCACUUAUGUUAGAAACAAAAUGGUUUGCAAUCCACUUGUACAACUGAAGUCAAAAUACAGCCAAGUUUCAGUUAGCUAUAGAAGGAUGCUUCCAUUCCUUGAGGAUCUUUUCAAAGAUAAUCCAGAAAACUAUGCCUCAGGAAACAUCGACUGUUCGGUACAAGAGAAAGAAUUGCCAACUAUGAAUUUGCAACCACCAAGUUCAAAUUCUCACAAUUCCCAGGAUAACUCAAAAGACUUGGUAACUUGCAACAUGCCAUUCAAUGGAAAUUCAGAUACUCUCUCAAUGCCUGUGUUGAAUAGUAUGAACGAAACAGUUUGUGAAACAGAUAAAGUUUUAUUGCCUGAUGGAGUCAAUGAUAAACUUCUGUCACCUCCAAAAUUACAGCUGCACUCUGAACAGGAGAUGUUGGAUAAAUGUAAGUUAAUGGGCCCUCAGCUGCCUGGUGCAACACUUUUAAAUGAUCAAGCAGUCUCGUCAUUGUAUCCUGCGGCUAGUUAUGAGCCUCUAACUGAAGAAGGAUCCAGAUUGACCUCUGAACAAUCACCAAUUACUUCAGAAGACUGCACAAGUUUGAAAGAUAAUAUUUCUGAUGGUGCUAAUAUCUCUGAGGGAAACAGCCUAGAACCAUAUUCUUCAUGUGUCGAAAAAUGUAUUCUGCCAGAAAGUCACAUAAAUCUUAGAAAGGGAAUUCUUAAAAGAAACCCACGAGGAUGCAGAGGAAUCUGCAAUUGUCUGAACUGUUCCUCUUUUCGUCUCCAUGCUGAAAGAGCAUUUGAAUUUUCUAGAAAUCAACUGCAAGAUGCUGAAGAAGUUGUUACAGAUUUGAUGAAAGAAUUGUCGUUUCUCCGUGGUGUUCUAGAGAAGUAUUCUGAUGGUGCUAAAGGGAAUGCUGAAUAUCAUAAUUCAAAUAACGUGAAAGAAGCUUGUAGGAAAGCAUCUGAAGCAGAGUUAAUUGCGAAAGACCGCCUUCUACAAAUGAACUAUGAGCUUGGCAUUCAUUGCAGAAUCACGUGCUCCCAAGGACCAAAUGUUCCACUUUCUAGUGAAGUCGAGAAUAUAGAGAUUGAAGAUGGAAAAUAGAACAAGAUGAUGAAGACUGCAGAUCUGGUUACUGUAAUAAAAGUUGCUGCCUUCACUCCUCCGCUUAUGUGAGGAGAGAAUUUCAUGGAUGAAAUGAAAUGUAUGAUCUUUCAUUCCAUUUGGGAUUCCCCUUUGAUUGAUACAGAAAGGGAUUUGCAAUUUGCAUCACAUGGGGAAAGGAUUGCCUCUGUAUGACGAAGGAAGCAAAAGGUUUCAUUCUAGUUGAUCCCUACUUAGUAUGUGGGACAAUGACAAUUUUUUAGACUUCUGAAAUUGAAGGUGUCAAUACUUAUCAUUUUCUUGUCUUUUCUUUUCGAUUUUUCUUUAAAUAGAGCAACAGAGUGGAUUAUGUAUCCUGUAGAUUAUUGGCUGUCACGUGUAUAAUAACUUUAUUUGUGGGAUCUUCCUUUCUGCUAACUGAAAUAUUUGGCUGGCUAAAA